AUGUCACUCAACGACCUUCGGAACGGCAUAGCCUCUUAUGGCGCCGGACAACAGCUGGAUGCUCUGCCAUCGGCAGAUAGUAUGACCUGGGCCCCGCAACCAGGCGCAAAUCCCGCGUUUUCUCUUUUAAUUGGCAGUCUUGAUGGGCAACAAAUACUUGCCUACUUGACUAGAUAUGGAGAGAAGCCGCGAGAAGUGCGCUAUUGCACCAGGCCUCCCCCUGACAGGCCCUCAAACAAACCUUCAUCGUCAAUGUCAACAGUAACCCAAGACGACGUCAUGAAGGCGUCUCUACUUCCGCCAUUCAAGUACCUUGCAGAGAAUUCUAAGCCCAUGAAGCGCAAGUUUAGCAUGCUUAUCCGGUGGUACUUUUUAAUAAAGGGAUACAUUGAUGGCCUCGAGGGCGACCAAGGAGAUUUUUGCAAAAGAUUCAGCUCUGCAGUCAAGAGGAUUGAGGAAGAGAAGCAUGAUGAGGAAGAUGGUACUCAGAAUCGCGCCAGGCGAAACCGCGAAGCCAUAGAAGAAAGCCCGGAGCCCGAAGACGCAGAUAGUACCUACACCUUGCGCUCCAACAGCCGUACUGGUAAGACGCACGUGAUAAAUGGCGACAAAUCUGAGCCACAGAGUCCAUCAGUAAGAUCGUCACGGGAGUUAAGGAACAGCAAAGGCAAUCACGACCUUGAGCGUUUAUUGGAGUACCUGAAAGACCACAACGCAUUGUAUCUUCUGGACAACCUACCUGAAGUAUCGGAGAUCCAAUUUGUUGGCCAAACAUCUAUACCCGAAGCUCAGCCGAUGAAGCUCUUUGUUGGACGCGAAGCGAAAUCCGGUGAUGAUAUAUACGCCUACAUGGUCAGUUUAGCGCGUGGCUUCCACGAAGUUCGAUUCUACGUCCAAACCGCGCACGACGAGGAGCCUAUGAAAACCGAAACAGUCUCCAAACAGCGCCUCAUUCAUCCAUUCAGCAAGUGCUACCCAAAACAGCCCUGCAUCCUAGAACAGUCCGAUAGAGCCAGACUGACCCUAAUGGUAAAAUUCUAUUUCAUCUCCGCAGGCAUCGCAACCGACUGCGUCCUCAAGGAAACGAAAAAAUACCCUGAACGCCUACGCGUCGCACUCGACUACAUCGCAGACCGCAUGGGUCCCGCCGCCGCCAAACCCCCUUCUCACACCAAAAAGGACGACGACGAUGACACCGCCGCCACCACCGCAGUCCUCAACAACCCCCCAAAACACCGCCUCUCAAGCGAAAGCUCCUACAUCGACGAAA